GGCCCUUCACCGCGUGCGCCGAUGGUGGCGACGAAUGGUCGACGGCGCGGCUAACGCGGGCAGCGACGGACGGGCGAUGGUGGGGCUGACGCCAGCGGCAAUGGAUAAGCGACGGCGCAGCUGAUGCGGGCGCGAGCGGCGGCGGACUGACGACGGUGGCGCCGGGAGGACGGAGGACGACGACACGACUGACGCCAGGGGACGGAGUGGUACAGAACGAAGAAAAUUCACACUCUAGUGAUGUAUAUUCCGAAAGUAAUGUGAAUUGGGUGAUAAAUUCUGGAAGCAGUGCGUAUUGGGUGGUAUAUUCUGAAAAUUCUCCCUCUAAACCGCUCAAAUUUCACGAAAUUCGUCAAAGUUCCAAUUUGGAAUUCAACGAAAUUUAUUAAACCUGCUACUAAAUUAAGUCAGACCAUUUUCUCAGUAGCGAAACCACUUCUGUUUGCUCUCCCCCGAUGCCAUCCACCGCCGCCGCCGCCGCCGCCGAGAUGGAGCCGGAGCCCGACCACACCAAACCCUCCACCUCCGCCGCCGCCGCCGGCCACCGCAAGCACCUGGCCAUGCUGGAGCGCCUCUCCAAGCGCGCUGCCGCCCCCGCCCCGUCCCAGGACUCCCCCGUCGCGGCCUUCCUCUCCCGCUUCGCCGCCGCCAAGCUCGCCGCCGAGUCCGCCCUCUCCGCCUGCCGCUCCUCCCCCGACGACGCGCAGCCCUCGCUCUCCGCCGCCGCCGCGGCCAUCGACGACCUCGACCGCCUCGUCGCCGAGGCCUCCCACUCCCUCCCACCCUACGAGCUCCGCUCCGCCCUCGCCGCCGCCUCCGACCUCCGCGCCGCCCACAGGCUCGCCGCCUCCGAUCUCCGCCCCAAGAAGUCCUUCUCCUUCAGGAACAAGAGCAAAGCCCCCAAGAACCCACCGCAAGAUCCUCCUCCCACCUUGCCGCCGCCUCCAGACCAGCCAAACCCCAGCGUCGAGGCGAUCCUGCCAGGACUCGGGUUCCGGGGCCGGAGGGACGCCACAUUGGUGAAGGAUCUGAGGGUCUCCGACGAGAAGGAUGGGGAUUUCACCCUCGCUGAUCUCGUCUCCUGUCAGGUUUACCUCAAGGGCAAAUGCCGGGCGCUGCACGUUCACAAGCUGAAGGAUUGCCGCGUGUUCGUGGGCGCCGUGUUCGGCUCGGUGCUCAUAGAGGACGUCGAGCGCUGCGCAUUCGUGAUGGCGGCGCACCAGAUCAGGAUCCACGAGGCGACAGCGACGGAUUUCUACCUGAGGGUGAGGAGCAGGCCGAUCAUUGAGGAUUGCUGCGGCGUGAGGUUCGCGCCGCAUGCUCUCAAGUAUGAAGGGAUUGGGGAGGAUUUGAGGGAUGCGGGGCUCGAGGAGGAGACCGGUAAUUGGGCGAAUGUUGAUGACUUUAAGUGGCUCAGGGCAGUGCAGUCGCCAAAUUGGUGUUUGGUUCCGGAGGAAGAGCGGUUGCAGACCAUUGACAUUUCAGAUGUUCAGGAACGAGAGUAUGAUAAUUAAGAUGCUUGGGAUGGUUUGCUUUCGGCUCUUAUUAUGGAUUAUUGUUCUGGAUUGGUUAAUUCUUCUUGAUGUUUACUUGGAUUAAGUUUUGGUUUAUUAUGAGUUUAUAGCUUUCAUUGUACCUACAUAUUGAUGCAUUAAGGAUUAGAAGUGUGAAAUGAUUUAGUGUUUAAACAAAGCGGUAGCUCAUGAGUUCAUCUGUAUUUUUGCUGGCCUUACCAUCAAGAGCAAACGCCAUACGCUUUGAUGAGCAAGAGGCAUAUGCUUGACGUUGGGAUUCUACGCCAAGCAUAUGCCGUGAGGGCGUGAGGUACAAUGUGCUGUGGUUCUUUUUGUUCCAGAACAGUUUUUUAUUGCACUAAGGUAAUUUUGGUUCCUGUAAUGUUGGAAAUUUCAGGAUGAAAGAAAAUAAAUAAUAUUCUCCUCUUGGAAUCAAUCUUGGAAAAUUAUCAACUAGCAAAUCCAGUUUUGAUAUGUAAAUCCAUGCUUGUUACUUCUGUCAUUUUUCAUCUUUAAGAAAACUUUUUCGUACAGUUGUUAGAUAUAUAUUGGAAUGUAAAUGAAUUCGUGAAGUUUGAGUUGUUAUAUUCAACUAUACAGUGGAUUCAGAGAGACAGAGAGUGGCUAUCUUUUAGUUUUAUAGUUUAGUAUGGGCUUAGACAAUAUAAUGCUUUUUAAAUUUGUAUUAUAAGUGUGUGCAUUCUCAUGAAGCUCUGUUAUGAAGAUCUUAAAAGAAGGAAGUGAGCAAGUGCUGAGUGCAUUGUAAAGACAUGCCACCAUGAUAUUACAUGGUACAAGAACAUGUCUGAUUUGGCCUUGGCAUUUUCAUAUUCUGAUUAAUCUCACCAAAACAGGACCAAGUUCUGCUAAUUUAUCUGGUCUUGUAACCUAGAGAAUACCAAAAGAGUGAUGGUUGGACUGCAAAUUACAUAAUGUGCAUCAUGGUUGUAAGCACCUUAAGGUCUAUAAAUACCAGUGACUUGUAAAAUAUAGGAUGGGAGUGAUUCUGUGGAUACAGGAGUUUGUCAAGGCAUGCCAGAAAGGGUUAUAUUAUGCCUCACAAGGUAUUAAUUAAGCAUCUGUUCUUUUUUUUUUAACCCAUGUAUGCCAUUUGUUUGAAUGAUCUUCUGAAAGAGCAUUUGGCAGUAGAUGAUUCAGAAAAAAAAAGAUGCUAUACAAUUUCUUGCUGUAAACAUGUUUACUUGCUUCAUGAACCAAGCAUUUGCAUCUUGCAGCUGUGCUGAACUGGUCUAAAUAUGUUUGCAGACAUGUGGUUUGUCAUGAGCUCUUGCUACUCUCUAUCAUUACACUGAUUCUGGAGAGUUAACAUGCUAGUAGUAGUUAUUAGUCAAAUAAACUUCUCAGGAGGAUAUGGGGGCGAUUUAAUCAUAUCUCUGCAUGGUUUGACGAGUAUGGUUGUUGGAAAUGCUUUGAUUCACAGCGAUGACACUUGUGGCAAUUUAUUUCACCAUUCGAUUGCUUUGAUCUGAUGCACGUUUAGGUUUGGAGGAUAUGCACCAAAAUUCUUAAUUCCUCUGGAAUAAACACUAUUCGUGUAUUCGUUUCAUAGGAUUCAAAGGAAAAAAAUUCCAUAGGAAUCUUGUGCCAAUCCUCCAAAAUGUAUUGAUUCCAGAGUUAUCUUCCUUUUCUUUAAUGUCUUUUCUCCUAAACAACUGAGGGCUCAUUCGGAACAUAAGAUAGGAAAAAGUAAGAAUAUGAAAGAAAAUCCAAUGAAAAACAAAUAAAUACAAACUAGAGGAAUAUAAAGGAUAAGAACAAUCAGAGCACAGGAAAAAGUCUCAAAGGAAAUGCACAGUAAUUGAUUUCUUCCCCAUCGUUGCUAUCCACUCAAACUAAUAGUACCACCUUCAUCUCCCCCAAAUCCAACACGAACCGGACGGCAUGAGGUUAGGGAUAUCCUGCUACCCGUAUAAAAAUCCGUUUGUUUGUUUAUUUUUUACAUAGUAGUAUAUAAGAAAAAAAUUAACUAGAAGUGAGAUAAGCGGACUAAAAAAUCCGCUUACCCGUCCCACUUACAUCCCUACAUGAGCUCCAGCGCUCGGGGAAGCGGCAGCGUGGCGAUGGGCUGUGGCGAACUCCGGCGGCGUGAACAGUGGAGCAGCCCGUGGGCAAGGCUGCCGGCUAACACAAACUC